UGGAAGCAGAAGUCUCUGUGAGCUAAAAACUCAGUUGGAUUUAUUCAUUGCAGGCGCUCCGACGCUGCUGGAAAUGCUACAGGAGGCAGCGCUCUUUGUACGAGAAAAGUGGUCUGUGGAUAAAGGCUUUUCUACAAACAAAAAAAAGUUUUGGAUACCCGGAGUAAAGACUAACUAACGCCCCGGACGUCGCUGAGUUGGAGGAGGUUGUUCAGUUUUUAAAGCUCAGUUCCAAGUUCCGACGGCUAGUUAGCUCCUGCUAGCCUAGCCUAGCCUAGCCUAGCCUAGCCUGCUAGGUAAAUAUUGUGACUGGCUUUGGGAGUUUUCUGCGCCUGCCCCCGCGUCGUCAACGUAAUAACUUUACAUUUAAUAAUCAUUUUAUGUCCUCGUUUUGUUGAACCCAAGAGCGCGCGUUGCUCCUACGAGAUGGGUGGAUGUUUGUUAUGUUGCACACCAAGCUAGUUAGCUUCAGUUAGCCUGACCCUAUGCUAGCUGACGGUAGCUGACGUUGCCGGGCCAGACCGCAACUUCGGCGGCGGAGUUUCUGGGAGCUGUCCUGGGACACUAUUGUCGCUCUGAAGCAACCGCUGCUGCUAAACGGAGGCCAUGUUUGAAAUGGAGACACACAUAUCGUGCCUUUUCCCGGAAAUCUUGGCCAUUAUUUUCAGCUACCUGGACGUGAAAGACAAAGGAAGGGUAGCCCAAGUGUGCGCGGCCUGGAGGGACGCGUCCUACCACAAGUCGGUGUGGAGGGGGGUGGAAGCCAAGCUCCAUCUGCGGCGAGCCAACCCUUCUCUGUUCCCCAGUCUUCAGACCAGAGGGAUCAAGAAAGUUCAGAUCCUCAGCCUCAGGCGAAGUCUGAGCUACGUGAUUCAAGGGAUGCCACACAUCGAAAGCCUUAACCUGUGUGGAUGCUUCAACCUCACAGACAAUGGUCUCGGACAUGCCUUUGUGCAGGACAUCCCAUCCUUGCGGGUGCUGAACCUCAGUCUUUGUAAACAGAUCACUGACUCUAGCCUGGGCCGGAUUGCACAGUACCUCAAGAACCUGGAGGUGCUCGAACUCGGGGGAUGCAGCAAUAUCACAAACACCGGCCUGUUGCUCAUUGCCUGGGGCUUGCACAGACUCAAGAGCCUUAACCUGCGUAGCUGCAGGCAUGUGUCAGACGUGGGCAUCGGUCACCUGUCUGGCAUGACCCGCAGCGCUGCGGAGGGCUGCCUGUCCCUGGAGAAGUUAACCUUGCAGGACUGCCAGAAGCUCACGGACCUGUCUCUCAAGCACGUCUCAAAGGGACUCAACAAGCUCAAAGUGCUCAACCUCAGCUUCUGCGGGGGGAUAUCGGACGCGGGGAUGAUCCACCUGUCGCACAUGACCCACCUGUGCAGCCUGAACCUGAGGUCGUGCGAUAACAUCAGCGACACCGGGAUAAUGCAUCUGGCCAUGGGCUCCCUCCGGCUGUGUGGACUUGACGUCUCCUUCUGUGAUAAGAUCGGAGACCAGAGCCUGGCUUACAUCGCCCAGGGCUUGUAUCAGCUCAAGUCCCUGUCUCUGUGCUCCUGCCACAUCAGUGAUGACGGAAUUAACAGGAUGGUACGGCAGAUGCACGAACUCAAGACUCUAAACAUCGGACAGUGUGUGCGAAUCACAGACAAAGGUCUGGAGUUGAUAGCCGACCACUUGACCCAGCUGACAGGGAUUGACUUGUACGGCUGCACUAAGAUCACCAAGAGGGGUCUUGAGAGAAUAACACAGCUCCCGUGCCUUAAAGUAUUAAACCUGGGACUGUGGCAGAUGACGGAGAGCGAGAGGGUGAGGUGAAAGCUCUCCCGUUUAGGACGCAUUUCAUCGUGCAUCGUGCUGAGCUUUGCACUGAGAGGGACUGCCUGUAAACAUUCUUAAAUUUACCUUUUAUACUGUGACUAAAAACAAGGAGAGGGACUCAGCAUUGAUCACUGGAAUAUUGUUCAUCUGCACAGCAAUACUCCACUCUUAUUCAGACUUGUUUUCAGUGCUCUCUUCUUUAUAUCUCUGCCUGUGUACAGUUCUCACUGUUAGCUACCUCACCCAUCAAACACAGGAGUGCCUACUGCCGCUGAAUACUAGAUUAGAUUGUAUAUUUUUGUGACUCACAUACCAAUGAUAUCUUGAUAUCUCUUUGCAGAAUAAUGACUAGGCGUUUUAACUUUUAACAGAAAGGCAGGUGUAUCCUGGAUUGAAGUUUUGAUAGAUGUUUUCUUUUUGGCUGAUGUAUUUUUUUACUUGUAUCGAAUGACUGUUGCUGACAAAAUUGUACUUCAAAUUGAAGUGGGUGGAUCAAUCCUGUCUUGUCUUUGUUUACCUAUGUAUAGUUGGCUAAGUUUCAUAUUCCUGAGGAAGUAAGUUAUGUAUCAGAUGUUCCAGUUUCCGAUCCGUCAAAGGUUCAUCGACACCGCUACAGUAAGGUGUAGUAACUAACAGCUACCAAGGCUAUAUGCAAUACUUUAAACUGUUAAUUCAGUGGGUUUUGUCCCCUGAGGAGCUUCCGAUGAUAAUGCCAGAGUAUUUGUUUAAAAAAAAAAAACAGUAAUUUAAGAUUGUUUUAUAUUCAUACAGUAGUGAUAUUUAUGAAUAAAGAUGGCAAAUAUGUUUUA